AGUACUCUCUCUCUAUAUAUAUAUGCAUAUGUCUAAGCUUCUUUCAUUUUCCCAAGAUUAAUGGAUAAUACCAACCGUCUUCGUCGUGUUCGCAGCUUCAGGCAAAACAAGCUCACUCGCCAUGACUCCGAAGAAGUGAGUAGCAUCGAGUGGGAGUUUAUCAGUAUGACCGAACAAGAGGAAGAUCUCAUCUCUCGAAUGUACAGACUUGUCGGUGAUAGGUGGGAUUUAAUAGCAAGAAGAGUUGUCGGACGAAAGGCAAAUGAGAUUGAGAGAUUUUGGAUUAUGAGAAACUCUGACUACUUCUCUCACAAACGACGCCGACUCCACAAAUCUCCCCGUUUCUCUACUUCUCCUCCUCCUUGAUCUCUUUUCUUAUGAUAUGGACAAUGUAAGGAACAAAAUAAGAAAGCUUUAUUGUAGAACAAAUCUUGAAUCUUUUUAUUCUUCUCUUCACAUAUAUGACGACGACUAAGAACUUGUUGAA